AUGACAACAGUGACAAAUGGUGUCCCUCAGCCAUCUGUACUGAGACCAAUAUUAGUUGAUAUCUUCAUUAAUGACAUAGACAAAGGGAUCAAGCACAUCCCCAGAAAAUCUGAAGACAGGAAGCUGAGGGGUAUGGUUGUCACUCCUAGAAGUACCGCUGCCACCACCAUAUCCCCGUGUGGGCCCCCCAUCCUGGGGUCAACAGCCAAGCCAGCGUGGGACACACUCGGGGCUUCUCUCCCUGCCUCAUAUCGCGACCCCAGCUCAGCGACCACCUCCAGACCUGAGACUGUCUCCUACCCCUCUGAGCCUGGGAGCGAGACACAAGAUCGGAGUCUGUUGGAAGCACAGGAGCAUGUACAAAUUCCAAGUCCUGCCAUUUUGUGUCCUCCCCCUUCUCACACUUCAGACUACUCUGGAGUGCUGUAUGGAGCCGGAAAGGCCUCUGCGUCCCUAGGAAACACCAGUUCACCCUGUUAUUUCACCACCCCGUAUUCACCUUCGCCUCCACGUGGGUCUAAAGAUUGCGGUGGCCGAGAUGUGACCCGCAGCCAGCCCCCCUGCCCUCUCCCAGCACGCCUGUUGGGCCAUCCCCUGUAUUCAGCUGAGACGAAGCCAGCAAGGGAUCCUGCUCCACAGGGCACUCCAGCCACAACAUUUCCUCACCCAGCCCCACCUCCGGCUCCCCCCAUCCCGCCCUGGGUGCUGCCCCUAUUAUACCCCUGCCUGCCCCGUUCUUCCCGCCAGGGUGGGCUGCACAGGGCCUGCCCUGCCCCCUGUCCCGGCUCUUCGGCCUCGGGACCACCCCUCCAGGGAGGACUGGAAGUACGCCCACCACGCUCCCGGAAGCCUUGCUAUCCAGCAUGCUGCCCAUGCAGCUGCACCGGGACCGGGGCACCCGGUGGGAGGCGGCGACCGUCUCCCGCCUUUCGGUGGCACAACUUCGCAGUCACGGGGCGGUGCCACUGCCGCUGGGGGACAGCGCAGCCCCGAUCCGCACCGCUGCCAUGGCCCCCGGUGCCGGGCAGUUCUCCGACAGCUACCGAAAAUCCUAUUUCCCUGUCCUGCAGCAGUGGGGUGGGGAGCCCACAGCACAGGCAGGUCACUUUUAAAUAGGGCCGAGCAGGGCCGCACUCCCGCUGUGGUUCAGGCCUCGCACUGUCUCCGAUGAGCCCCGUUGCCUGGCAACCGCCUUCGCCCACCAUGGCCACUCACUAGCAGUGCAAGAGCCCGGGGUGACUGCUGCGGAAUUGAAAAAUAUUAAAAAAAAAUAACCUCUUUGCUAAAAUUCUCUAACUUGGGUCGUGACAAAAGGGACAAGAUCCCUAUUUUGUCUUGCAUAUCCACUUUAAUACCUCUUUGCCUGGAGCUCUGACAGAAGGUAGUGAGCAAGCUGAUACACUAGCCAUGACAACACAGGGAUUUUGCUUGUGUCUCUACAGAUAAAAGAACUUCCUAGGUUGCAGCAAAAAAUACCUGCAGCCUCUACAGAAACACCAAGAAGCUCAGCAGGAGGAACCCUGAGAAGAACCUUCUGGAAGGAUACCUUGAGGCUUGCAGAUAGCCUUCUUUUGCCUCUUAGCCACUGCUGAUUAAUCAUUAUUAAUUUUUAA